GUUCAGUUCAGCGUAAAAGCAGAAGAGAUGAAGCUCGACCCAUGUGUUCUGUACCGCCACACCAACAGCUCACAGACGCGCCGCUCUUACUACGAGACAGAGAGCAAGUGUGUUUGCACAAUGUGCUGAAAGGACUUUGUAUUGUCUGUUGGCAAACACAAACAACCAAAACCACCACGGACAAUCAAACACAUCCAAAUGGGAAAAACAACACGUUCACACACUUUCUGAACACAUUUGCUGUUAAAGUUUGAGUUAAAGAAUUGCCUGUUUUUCCUGCGUGACAUUGUGUGUGUGUGCGUGUGUGUGUGUGUGCGUGUGCGUGCUGAGAGACUCUUGUUUCAGUAACACAACCACACCAGCUCACAUGAAAUGCUGUGUGUGUGUGUGUGUAAUAGAUACAGGUAGAAUAUAAAGAGCUCAGGUAAGUCUUCAGGUGAGACGCUACAGAUGAUCUCGAGGUAAAAUUAACCAACAGAAAUAGACACAAGUUUCUAAAAGAACAGUCUUAGAUGUUUGUACAGUUGUGUGGAUAUCUUCAUCUUUGUUUUAAGGUAACGUCAGAUGUGUGUCUCAUUGCCGACUGUUUGUAUUUACCUCGCUCAUAUAUUUCUGACUUUCUUCACUGCUUUUUAUUUGAGGUGAUGUUGGUCAAACGCGUUGAUGUUUUCAUAGUUUCAUGAAACGCUUUUUUACUUUAAAGAGUGUUUGUUCAUACAGCCGCUGUGGUUCUACACGUGUGUUUUUAAGGGAAUAUGCUGAAUAUGAUGAAGAAGAUGAAGGCAACAGUAUGACACGACCGGACACUUUCAUUUCUCUGGACGCUGAGAGCGACGUCGCUGCCAGGAGAAGAAAAGCAGCCCUCGUCAGAUCCAAGACUUUAGAUCCUUCGCUGCUUCUGCAGGUCCAGAGUGACUCUGAAUUAAAGUGUGAACGCAGAAAACCGCAGUCGCAUCAGUUUCUGCGCACUAAUUCCCAGUACCACAAAGUUUUCAAAGACAUAAGAGACGAUGAAGAACUGCGACAGAGUUACACGUGUGCUUUACAGAAAGAUAUUCUGUACCAGGGCAGACUGUUCGUGUCUCAGAACUGGAUUUGUUUCCAUUCGAAGGUCUUUGGAAGAGACACAAAGAUUGCGAUUCCUGUAACUUCUGCGACGGACAUCAAGAAAACAAAAACGGCCAUCUUAGUGCCAAACGCACUCGUCAUAUCAACAGCACACGAGCGAGUAAAAAUCCCUUCAAGACUUUGUGAAUGUGCCGAUGAGUCAGAAGUGUGCUCUUCUAACCGCUCUCGUGCUGUUUUUCAGCACGUGUUUGUGUCGUUUCUGUCUCGAGACACCACGUACAAGGUUUUGAUGUCGGUUUGUCCUCAUCUGGUUGAGAAGAGUCCGAUUCCAGCACAGAAUCUGAGGCGUCACCCCGUCACGGAUUUCUCAGCGGAUCUCUCGGACCUGGACGCUCCGGUCAGACGGACACAUCAUCACACAGACGACAGCAGCGCUUCAGACUCACCAGAGUUUGACAAAAGUCCACAAUUCCCCAAACACUCGCAAACGUCUAAACGCAAAGAUGAUCUGGAUUCUCAGCCACAGCCCAGCGAUGGACAUCUGAGGUGUAAAGGAUCAGCGGAGGUCACGAAGACACCCAGAGCGCUUUCCUUCUCAUUUAACACACUUGUGUCGGUCUGUCUCUGUCUGGUUUGUGUUCUGCUCUUGUCAUCAUGUUACAUGGCCUUUAAGAUCGUGUCUCUGGAGGAACGGCUCACCUCGCUGGUCUCCACCGACUUUCCUCAUGAAGGAGGCGAAUAUGUCGGACAUGCAGAAGAGAUUUACUCGGUGAUUUCUGCGAGUCUUCUGAAGUUGGAGAAGAUCCACAGAAAUCUGCAGAAACUCCUGGAGACUCUGUCUGAUGCGUGACAUUCAGGGGUUUUUCUGUGAAACAGCGUGCGGUGCGGUGACGGCCGGGCUUGAUGUUAAUGUGAAUGUGUCGCUUCAUUGCCCGUGAAAAAGGUCGGCAUGAGCAUCACAACUACACGUCUGUCAAGUUCUCACCCAUGACUACACUGAACACAAGUAGCUGAAUAUAAUCAGAUAUGCAAAUAAUAUGAAUGUGUUGUAAUGUCAUACUGUAGAUGUAGGUUUUCGUGUCUAGAUGUGUUUUCACGUGAUGUGAGCUCAUAUAUGACGUGCUCAUGAAUGUGGACUGAUCUGAUGCUGUAGCGUGUGGUUCCUGUGAAUGACUUUGGAACGAUCUGCAAACCAUCACGAUGAAACGAGAGUAAAGUGAAAUACAGUAUAAGCUUGUGUUAUGGGCAGAUGAACGCUUACGUUUAAUUGCCAUAUUAAAAAAAUAAAGGCAAUAUUUUGUCAAUGUUGUGUGGUGUGAAACACAAUGUUCUUUGAGUGUGUGUUUGUCAUUGUGAGGGCUCAGUGCGUGAAAGAGCUUCUUGUUUUAUAUGCUAAUGUCAGUGAAUGUCGUCGCUGCUCUCCACAGAAAACCAUUGUUUUCUCCUUCAUCUGGAAUGAGUGCCCAGUGCUGCACAGAGUUUGAUGUUUUCUGCUUUUAUACAUACACGACAAAAAGAAAAGAAAAGAACAAGACAUUAUAUAUAACAUCUAGAAUAACGCGACAUUUUCAGCGCGCAAUCACGCACUGCCUACACAUCACUUUUAUUUUCUAUU